AUGGGCGCAACAAUGGGAUCUGUGCAAUUGGGCGCAACCCAUGGGCGCCAGAGGCAAAGUGGGCCGAUCCGUCCUCUAUGGGGCUCUCUCGGCCGAGUCCGCUGGCCCGCUGUUGAUGGGCGCCUGUCACACACCGCUGGCCCAUCAGUGAUGGACCCAUUUGACUGCCCUAACUGCCCCGCUGAUGUGGCGGAGCAUGACAUGAGCUCCGGAAUUCUACAAUAUGGCUUCUCCCCAAUUCAAUACGUCCCCGUUGAGCUCCUUGAGCGAAUCUUCAUGCUUUCUCUUCCUCACGGAAAAUCUCACCUACUGAUCAACGAAUCCACGGACCCCCCCAUGUCACUAUGUUGUGUGUGCCGAAGUUGGAGAAAGGUCGCCUUUGGCUUACCUGGGUUGUGGACUUCGCUUUUUGUUGACAUGGACGUUAUCGAUGUGGAGAAGUUCAAGGUUCUACCUUAUUUGUUUGAGCAGUGGUGUUCCCGAGCGAGCCAUCAUCCAUUGGAUUUCACAUUCAAAUAUGACGAUCGCCCCCGUCAUAACCAAACGGGCGACAUGUUGAAGACCUUCAUUACUUCACAGUCCCAUCGAUUACGCCAUCUUGACAUUGAUUCACCCAAUUUCAACUGGCUAAUUCAGCCGUACUUUGACAUGUAUGGCGGCGUGGGUGCCAGUUCGGACGAUAAACCAUGGUCGACCCUUCAAUUCCCUAAAUUGAAGUCGGCGAUUAUACGGGAUGCCAUUGAUGUCUGUAAUGAGCGGACAACCCCCCUUUUUCCUUUUGCGCCCUGCCUCGAACGGAUUCGACUGGACAAGGUCUUGUUUCCGGUUGACUCUGCUCAUUGGCUUAUCCUUCCGUGGGGUCAAUUGACGCAUCUCAUCCUCGUCAAACCUCUUUAUUCGCACUUGUGGCACCAGAUAUUCUCGAUGUGUCCCAAUUUACGGCAUGGCUCAUUUAACAUCACCCGGGGUAUUAUGGUUGCAAACACUCAACGUGUGGCUUUCAAUCAUCUGGUUGAGCUGAUGCUCGCAUUGAAUUAUCCAGUCGACCCCAGCAUCCUCAGGAUCUUCGACUUUCCUGUGCUCAUGACCCUGAAGAUCGCAACUGACGAUUACUACCACGACAAAAGAGACUACUGGUCAAACGCGAUCUGUCGGCAAUUUUUCGAACAAGUGGCUCCUCUGCGGAGGCUUUCCCUCAACGGCAGAUGGCCUCUCGCGCUUCUCUUGGAAGCUGCUCCACAUGUCGUUGAGCUCGAUCUUUCCUAUCACAUGAUACGCGGGAUGUCUCUUUCUAUUUUACAUGAUCAAGGAGGUGAAAACUCGCUCAUACCAAACCUCAAAGUCCUCGUCGUGCAACUUCCCGUUCGCUCCUCCAAAUUAGAGGCAAAUGAGAUCGCAGAUAUGAUCAAAUCAAGAAUGUUAAUGAAGUCGUCGCGCUAA